AUGCCUCCAGCGACCGCGGAAAGGCUGUUAACAGACUUGUCAAUACAGUUGGAUUUGUUCAUUCACUUUCUCCGGCUCGACUUGACUAUUGUCAUCUUAAGACAAGGGGAAAGACGGCGGGCUACCGAGCUGAUAGGAAUGGGAAAGAACACCCAAUACUGGAUGCAGCGGCUCCAAGAUGUCCACCAAUGGACCAACCUAGCUUUACGGGAGCAAAAUUGGCUCCAACGGACUGGACGCAAUAAACCUACGCCAUGCUCAGGGCCCCAUCGCUUCGGAACUAUGACUGCGUUUAUCCAAGAAGAGGGACUGACUGACAAUCACAACACCAAAAAGCGUCUCCAACAUGGACGCAGGCUGGUGCGCUUUGAACGUGAAUUUGGACAUGGAAUUACGCUCCUUUGGUCAUCCAUCCUUCCCGCCUUGCGCGGUCUAUCCUUGUCUGAAGAAGCCUGA